ACAAUCAUGUAAAUAUAUAAAUCUGAAUGGCUUUCAUUAUAAAACAAAAACAGAUGUCUGGGUAAUAUUUUCGAUGUUUUAAAUUUCAUAUUUUAGGAUGUAAUUUAUCCACAUGUUAUGGACAUUCUCAAAAAGCUACGCAAACUAUAAUCUUAAAGAAACUGUCUUCAAGUGGCAUCCCAAGAUAUGGCGGAGAAUGGUAAAAAUAUAGGAGACGACUUGUCAGAAAGCUCUCAGAAAAAUGGAACUAGAAAGAAACAUGUCCAAUUACAAUUCAUGGAAAAUAACAACUCUGAAGAUUGGCACGGAACAAGAUUAAGUCUUUUAAGCCACAUUCAUGUGGAUUAUAGAAAUAUUGAAAGAACGUUGAGUGAGAGGCCAUCAUUUAGCAUUGCAGCUCAAACCGGAGCUAAUGAUGAGAUUGAUUUGGAUAGAGAUGAGCCUAGCAGAGAGAAUUAUGGUGAUGUGGACCAACUUAAUGGAGAUGUGUCCAAUAAUGGGCCUCUUCAAAACAGACAGUUGAAUGGAACUUGUUUCUUUCUCGCUGACACAAACAGGAGAGACAGACUAAUGACACCAAUAAUGAAUGGAACUCAUGUUUCUCAGGAAAAUAAUACAACUUGUCAGCAUGCCAAAUGUGAUGAGCAAAGAAAUUGUGAUUGUAAAAGACAUGAAGAAAAUGUUACCACUGUUGUUGUAGAUGAUUUGUGUGAAAGGAAUAUUCUUGACUGUGCUUCAUUGCCAGAUACCUCAUCUUGCCAAAAUGAUGCAAAUCAGUUUGAUCUGCAACAUACAUCACAUGAAUCUGGUGAUGGUUUUAGACUACAUCCACAUCUGUUGCCUGAACAGAAUUUGAAUUCACCAGAACCAUGUAUUAUUAAUCAUAUGGAAGAUGAAAGAGAGAUCAUCCAAAAUGGACAUGAUCAUGCAGAAGGUGCUACAAAUAGUGCCUCUUGUUCAACAGAAAAUAGGACUUCAGAUAUGUUCCAGAACAAUUUAGAUCCUUUAGAUGCUGUGUCAGAAGAAAAUCAUGUAUGUUGUGGGCUUAGACGAGAAGUUAGCGAAUCAGUUCUUAAUGUAAUUUCAGGCGAUAUGCACGAAGAUUCUGAUGAAAUACAACAUCAUGAAAACACUGAGUGUGACCUUGAAAUUGAGCUUAAUAAUUUGUUGCUAGAAGAUUUUUCAGAAAAUGGGUGUAGCAUUAAUGCUGAAUGUGAGAAUGGUUUUGAUACACAUACUUCAGAAAAGUCUGAGGAUGUUGAUAGUGAUCUUGAUGCUGGAAAUCAGGACAACACGUCAUCAUCAUCAUCAUCUGAUAUUGUUGAUGAUAUGAUUAUGAAUUUGGAAAUGGGGCCUCUUUUACAGGUUUCAUCAUCUGGGGCAGUGCCAACCUGCCUUGCAAGAGCUAAUUCCUCAGAAGACAGUGAUGAAGGGUUAGAAGCAGAUGUGUGCGACGAUGUCAGUGAACGUGAGGAGGAAGCAAAUAUUGAUGAUGUUGAAAAGAAACCAUUGGAUGAUGGGGAUGAUGAUGGUUGUCUUGAUGUUUGGGAUAUGCCACAAGCAAUAGCAUUAGAAUCUGAAGAACAGAAAGAGGAAGGACAAUGUGAAAAUAUUUCAGAAUCUUUUCAAGAUAACUUACCAGAAAGUUACAGAUCGAAUGAUAGGGAACAUUCAUGUAGGAAUGGAAAUGAUCAUGAUGCAGACUUGAAUGAACUUUUCAAACACCAUUCUGAUACACAAGGUGCCGCAUUUUUUGGAGAUUUUCCAAGAUCUGGACAUCAUAAUACGUCUGGACCUUUCCAGCAAUCAUUUGGUAAUAAUGCAAAUAGUUUUGAUGAGCUGUCAAUAGCUCAAGGCUCAUUGCAUGGAAGCUCCAUAAAUUCAUUUCCGGGUGUGUCAGCUCAAUCUUCGCAUUCUUUCAGACAGACCAUAUCUGAAGACACACAGCUGUAUGUAUAUGAACCUUGCAAAAUUUAUAAAACUGAUGAUGAGGAGAGCCUUGACAACAGCUCAAAUGUUUCUGAUUCAGAAUAUGGUUGUAACCAUCUAUUUGAGAACUCACAUAAAAAACACAGUGAUAAUCCAAUAACCAGUGUUAAAACUCCUGUCAAUCAUUCAAGAGAUUAUGCAAUUUCAGGUAAUGAAAAUGAUUCACAGUGUAACAGGACAUCAGUAAUUGCAACUUUUAGAGACGAAAAGACACUGUCUGAAAGUGUGAGAAACUGUCGGCUUUUUGAAGAAUCUUUGAUAUCAGUUAACAAUGAAAGUAGAUCAUUGCAACCAACCCAGAGACAGUAUUUUAGCCUUGCUACUGGCGGAAGUGUGCAAAAUCCAUCAAAUUUUCCACACAAUGCCCAAGCCGAUGAAGAACAAGAAGAUGAAAAGCACAGUGAAAAAAGACUUCUUUUGCAGGAGGUAAAGGAUCAGAUGGCAUUGCAAAUGAGAAGGCUUGAUGAUCGUCGGCGGGAGGAAUUACAUUUCGAGGAAGUAUUGCAGGCUGAGUUUGGAGUAGAAGAACAGGAUGACAUUGAUUUGGAUGAUGAAGAUGAUGAGUUACGGACAUGUAACUUCAUUGGCGUUGGACAAAAACAAGAAGAAACAAUAGGCAGUGAGGAAGAAUCUACAGAUAUAGAGGAAUCUUUCCCCUUUCUGCCUGUUGAUGACAUAGCUUUGCAAGGGGUUGAAGGAGCAUGUGGUUGUUCUAACGAUGAAUCUUUUGAUCAUGUUGUAAAUGAUAAUAGAACUUGUAAGAAUAGGAAUUGCAGGGUUUGGCAUAAUUUAAUUACAAGUGACAAUGACAUUAUUGAGGAUGAUGAAUUUUUGGAGGCAAGAUAUAAGGAGCGACAGAAGGAACACAAUAGGAGAGAGGAUAUUCAGCAACCCUUCAUUGUAUGGCGUCGUUCGUUACUUAGGGGAGAUAAUGAAUCCAUUGAAUUUGAUCAAAUGAAUGAAAUGGAAGAAUAUGUUAUUGAUAGACACAAAGAAUUUGUAGUUAGAAAAAAACAUCAGACAAAUCCACCAGAUAAUGAAAGAAGAUGUGCAACAGAUACUGAAGAAAGAGAAUUUAACCACAAUCAAAAUAACAAUGAGGAAGACAUCGAUUCUCCGGAAAGUCUUGAGGAACUUCAGGAGAACAUUCUGCGUGAUAGACUUUUAGCAUUGAAACAAGAUGAUGGCGAUGCUCCAGUUUGGCAUGGUCUUCAUCCAAUCAAUGUUAUUGGGGCUUCUGGUGAAAGCUCAGCCAAACAUCAGGCAGAAACAACUGAUGUAGGGCUUGAUGAAAGUUCAGCUCAUGGUUUUUCGAUGGCAGGUGUACUACCAUUUCCACUUAGCAGUGAAUCACUUGAAGACCAAAGUAAUAUCGUCAGUAAUGGUGCAUGUAAAAGAAAAGAGAGCAUUAAAAUUAACCAAAAUAUAGUACAGGUCAACAAACAGAAAACAAAACCCAUUGAAGAUUUGCCACCAAAUUCAUCAUUUGUCUGGACUCCAAGAAAGGCUCUUAGAAAGCAAGAAUGUCACAGUGGACCAUACCCAUCCCUUCAGAAUGCUGUAAAAAAUGCCUUAGUUGCUUUGGGAUAUAACCCAAUUUUAAAUCCUGAACGAGAUUCAACACAACACAUGAAAGAUGGCUGUUCUACUGUUUCAAAGCUUCUUAUUUCUAGUCGCAAACACUUCGGGCUCCCAGAAGAUAUCUCGUCAAAUAUAGCAAAACAUUCCAAUGGCGAGGUGUUUUCUCGCUUCUUUUCAUUUUUUCCUCAAAGGAAUGUAAACUUGUACAAAUGGCUUAAGGAUUGGAUAUCAUUAGGUGUGGUCCCAAUAGCAUCCAUCAAUCCUCAAGUGGCUAUUUCCUCGGAUUCACCAAUUCCAAAAGAAUGGCGACACCAGAUGAUAUACGGAGUAGACGAGGAGCAAGCAUAUCUGUGCACACCUAAUAUACGCUUAAGGUACCAGACACUAAUGGCUCAACUAAGCAGUGAUUCUAUUUUGUUGGUGGCCAGAGAAGAUGUCGUAAACAGGUGGGACAGGUGGUCUAGGCUUGGCGAAUUAAAACAUCCACCAGACAAUGAUUGCAGGUGGAUUCGAAUGAAUGUCUUGGGGCAAGUGGUGAAUAUGAUGAGAGAGCAAAGUGCCCCGAAACCGCACGAGGAUUACAGUCGGCGUUACUACUACAAACCACUGAAGCAGCGACGUACUACACACAUACGUAUACCAACACGUUAUAAGGGUGGAAUUACGCUGUGUAUUAGGAAAGAAGACAAGAAGGCCUGCGAAGCUGUUCAGAAUGCGCCGGAAUUGCCUCUGAUGGAUUGAAGGAAGAAUGUACAUGUGUACCAGGUCCUGUUGCAAUAAUGAGGCACUAUCUGAAGGCGCCCUCAAUGUCUUGCGGAGAUGGCUAUCAUUCAGUUACAACUUUGAAUUUGAAAAGCAUCGGCUUGUGCUACUAAAUGAUGUAUAGUAACUUUUUCAGACAGGAUUAGCCCAGUAAUGAUCAGGGGCGGAUUUAGGGAAAAGGAAAUUAGUGAUUGCCCAAAAUGCCGCAGAAGUUAUUUCCAGGCAACUAGAAAGUUUUCUCUCCUUCCCAUCGUUCCCUUCCCCCCCCCCCCCCCCCCCCCUUUCGGACAUCUCUGGAUCCACCACUGAUGACAGAUGAGGAAAUUAUUAAUCAUUUUUCUCAUGUAAACAGAUUGUAUGUACUGUACUCUACUUGUAAUUUACCAUUUGUCAUUUGACAUUUUUGGGAUUUUUUUUCAUAAUAUUUUGCAAUAUUAGAAUAAGAAGGAAUGAUUAUAAUUUAAUAUCAUUAUGUAAAUUAAUACUAAUAGAUCAGCAAUAUAAAAAUAAUAAACUGAUUGAACUGAAUCCAACAAGCAUAGAAACUGCAAAACUUUGAAAAAAGCAUCCGAUAGCUGUACAGAUCACUGAAAAUGGUGUUUAGCACCAAAACUGACAAGCAACUAGUCAUUAAAUAAUGGUAUUUUCAAAGAAGUUUUCUUUAAUAAUGUAAAACAUUUGUGAAUUUCACAAUAUGGUGUUUGCAAUGGAACCUUUGAGUUAUACACGGUAUUAUUGGUGUUACCUGAAUUUGAUGAUAGUGAAAAUGCAAAGAAACUAACAAAUUUCUGAGCAUUAAAGUAAAUAUAUAGUAAUGGUUGAUGUGCAAAUCAUUGGUACUAUUGACAAUUAGCAAUUUACCAAGAUGAAGUUAUUUCCGAAAUUUUUAAUCAUGGAGGUUAUUUAUUUACAUUUCAUCCCAAGGAAAGUAUAGUAGAUGAGAAGACUAUAUCAUAAUAAUACAAUAUGGUAAAAGAAAGAUUACCAGUAACCAAGAUACAUUGGUUGGCUUUCAAACUGGAAUGACCAGUGAUUUUUUUUUUUGGUACAGAUGUUGAGAUUAAAACCUAAAGUGAAAAUGAAAUAUUCUCUACUAAUAUGGGCCACUUGCACAAGAGAGGAAUAAACAAUUAGUGCUUUUGAUUUAAAUUGACAAACAUAUCCUAUUUUUAAUAAUAUAUAUCAACUGUACUAUAACUUUUCAAAAAAUUUUGAGAGUUAUUUCCUAAAUUUUAUAUUGUUCAACACAGCAAUGCAGUUAUUGUAAACUCAUAAACAGUAACCAGUAUUUUUUGAGUUUGAUAACCUUUGACCCUUUGCAGUGAUUGCUGUGCUGUUAUCAGUGGAGUUAAAUUUCUCAGCCAUCGUUGAGGAGCUUCUCUCCAGCUUAAAAAAAAUUUGGCGUCUAAUAUAUUUAAAACUCUUUUUCUUAUUAUAACUUGUAAAUGUCAACUUGUAAUUUCAUAGGUGAUACAUCUGCGACGCAUCCUUACGGUAAUGAACAGUAGCCACGACACCUCAUAAAUUGGUAACAGAAAUUCUCCUACAUCUUAUUAGAUUGGCCACAGUUCUUUAUUAUAAUAUUAAUUAUGUAAUGGUUUUUCAAGUAUAUGCCUUAAAAUAGAAUAAACUUAUUGAUUUUUGUCAUAAGAAAAAUCCUGCCAUUUGUAAAAUUUAAACUUUGGACUCAAGGGAGCACCCUUGUAUAGAUAAAAUUAAAUCUACAUAAACUAUUAAUUAGUUUGGUUCAGGACAAAUCAAAUCAACAUGGUAUUUAUAUGGCACCUUUGAGAAUACAAUAUGAGAUAUUAUGUCUAUUAUGAGAAUAUGUAGAUAAAGUUACUUUAUUGCCAUUGUUCCUUUAAACACCUCCAUCUAUACCAGGGCACCACAUGACCACGCCAACCCUCAUCUACUUGGAGAUUGAAAUCUGAGAUAUUAAACCUUUUAAACCAAACAAUGGUAAUCGCUCAUGUAUUGUAAAUGUGCAUGUUCUUCUCUUUUCCUUUUAUCCUAUUUGUGUAGUAAAGCAAUAAAUACCUAAAUGGUUCAUUCAUUAAACAAUGUUUAUAAUUUACCGGCUAAAAACUUGAUUUUGCCUAUCCUUAAGGUUAAGGUUGGAGUGCGCCUCACUAUUCAUCUUGAAAAUAUGAAUAGGCUGACUACCGGCUAAAUAAACACUACCUUCAUUAAAUACCACAAACCUUUUUCUUUUUAUACUAAAUAACUUUUUUAGUAGAGUUCUGCUGUUCUCCCACAGGGAAUGUAUUUUGAAUAUUUUCAAGCAAAUGUCCUGAUUUACGAAGUACUAAUUGAAAUUAAUUAUGUAUUAGCAUGAAAAACCCCAAAAUAUUUUAAUAAAUUCCAAAUAAUAUUAAAUUGAUAAGAAUCUACAAUUGGUCCAGUUUCAUUUAUUCUUUUAAGUUGUGGAUAAGAAAAUGUUCAUUGUAUUAUGUUCAGUUAUUUAUAUAAACAAAUACAAAAUCUUAAUGUAUCAUAAGUUUUUAUUUAUACGCCUUAAAACAUUUUUUAAAUUGAAAAAAUCCUAAAUGUAUUGUAGCUCUGAAAGCACUUACUUCUCUCCUUGUUUUCUUUCGAGUAUAAAAUAUUUCUAAAAUAUCAAUGUGAGUAUCUAUUGUGAUAUGUAUGCAUAUGUAUACAGGAAAAUUACAAUAUUGAAAACAAAAAAGAAAUAAAAGUGAAGAAAUGUAAUAGAAAA